CUGAAACGUUUCUUGCUCCUUCUCGUAAGUACCGUUAUGUUGCCUUGAAGAGGAGGGAUCAUCCUCCGAAUCCAAGCAAUAGUCUUGCUCGCUCGAGCGAUCUCCCGUGCUUACUGCUUACCCACCCCCCGCCCGGCCAUUCAUGGGACCUAAGUCCUGACACCAUCCACCUACUUUCACCCAUCGCGCUCCCUCUCCAUCAGUGCACAAAAAAUGCGACCUUUCUCCUUAGACACCGCUGGCCUGCGCUUCUCAUCCCACGUUUCCACAACCCCCACCACUCGUUCGACGAAAUUCCGCACUGAGCUUCCCAGCACUCACGACCCACCAUUCGUACUUUGUCAGGCAUCCAAACAGAGCUCGUCAUCGGAUAGCCUGGGCCUGCGGAGGAGAACCCAGAAGGAUCUUUCCUUGAUGCUGAGAGCAGAGUCCGCUAUCAAGGAGAUCGAGAGGAAGGCCGGCUCCAAGAAGUACAGAAACUUGUGGCCUAAAGCCGUGCUGGAGGCCCUGGAUGAGGCUAUUAGAGAAAACCGUUACGAGUCUGCUCUUAAGAUAUUCAGCCUUCUUCGUAAGCAGCAGUGGUAUGAGCCGAGAUGCCAAACGUACGCAAAGCUUCUGAUGAUGCUUGGCAAGUGCAGGCAGCCUGAGCAGGCAGGUUUGCUUUUCGAGCUUAUGCGGGCGGAAGGGCUCAGACCUACUCUAGAUGUUUUCACGGCUCUAGUCAGUGCUUACGGUCAUAGUGGCCGAAUUGAUGAGGCAUUUGCUGCUCUAGAAGCAAUGAAGUCUGUCUCAGAUUGCAAGCCUGACGUGUACACGUACUCUAUUCUUGUCGAUUGUUGCAUGAAGUUCCAUCAGUUUGAUCUGAUUGAACAAAUACUUUCUGAGAUGUCAUAUCUGGGAAUAAGUUGCAGCACUGUCACAUACAAUACUAUAGUUAAUGGAUAUGGCAAGGCUAAAAUGUUUGAGCAGAUGGAGAAGUCAUUGAUGGACAUGAUUGACAGUGGAUUCUGUCUUCCUGAUGUUUUUACGCUAAAUUCGGUCAUAGGGGCCUAUGGGAAGAGUGGGCAGAUUGAUGAGAUGGAAAGGUGGUAUGAGGAAUUUCAACUCAUGGGUAUAAGGCCUGAUAUCGUUACAUUCAAUACCCUCAUUAGAUCAUAUGGAAAGGCAGGGCUUCAUGAGAAGAUGAGUUCUGUUUUUGAUCAUAUGGAAAAAAGGUUCUUUUCCCCUACAAUUGUAACCUAUAAUGUAAUUAUUGACAUCUAUGGAAAAGCUGGCGAGGUGGAAAAGAUGGAAGGAUACUUCAAGAAAAUGAAGCAUCAAGGAAUGAAGCCUACCUCUGUCACUUACUGCUCUCUAGUUAGUGCAUACAGUAAAUCUGGACUGAUCAUGAAGGUGGAUUCGAUCUUGAGGCAAGUCAUUAAUUCUGAUGUGGUGCUGGAUGCUCCUUUCUUCAACUGCAUCAUUAGUGCAUAUGGUCAGGCUGGCGACAUUGAAAAGAUGAGGGAAUUGUUCUUGUUGAUGAAGGAGAGAAAAUGCUUACCCGAUACUAUCAACUACGACACCAUGAUUCAAACAUACAAUGCCCUGGGCAUGACUGAUGUUGCUGAAGAAUUGGAGAACAACAUAAUAAGAACCAAGAAUCCUCCAGGCUUGAAGUUGAUUGGAUGCUAGCAUUGGUGAUUGACGGGAAAGGGAUCUCAAUUGGAGGACUAGAAUGUUCAAGAUUGUCGAAGCAUAAAUUGUCGAUUGCUUACUUCUGAGACCUUACCUUGUAUGUAGUUUUUCUUAUACCUUUUCCUUUGUUUUGUAGAUUAUACCAUCACAGAUUAUAUAGUAAUUUUAUUUAUUUAUUUAUUUAUUUUUUCAAGUUCCAAAAUUACAAGUCUCCAAUGCAGGAUCGUCUUUAGAUUAGUUUUGGUGUCCAUGAAGUCAGAGCUCACCUCAGCCCCAUCCGGGGCAUCAACCUGGGGAUGUCAGUUGGCUGAGCAAGAUUCAAGAAAGUUUCAUCUAGAAGAGUUUAGAUAAUUUAUAAGGUGCAAAAUGUUACUAAGACAGCUUAGCCGGAUUUUUGGAGGCCUUGAAAUGCCACUGAAUUUGAUGGGUACGAUUUAGUGAAGCUACAUCUCGUGGAUAUUCUAUCUUUCGUUCUAUCAUGGCGACCUCAGCAACGGGUUUCCAUUUUUCAAAAUAAAAACACCAAGGAGCUGUCAUGUCUAUGAAGUUCACCAAAUUUCUGGUUCCCCAAAGAAGGAUGACAGAAAAUAUAGCGAUGAACAAGAAUGCCAACUUUCCACAAGGGCCAAAGGAUUGUCCUUGGAGACCAUUCUUCUGGAGUUGGCCCAUGAAGCAGUGUAGUUUUUCCAGACAUUGGGCCAAGCAUACAAGAUCUUCGAUUCAUUAAUGAAAAGUUGCCAUGACUAAAGUUCGGGAAAUAGAGCUAGAGUUCUUGGGGCCGAAUCAAAACCCGGACAGCAUGCAGAUAUUUAUGAAGCUCUACUGAAUGGGCUACUGUUGAAAUCUUUCAUUAUGUCCAUAUUCUUCUAUUUGUCUUAUUCCCUUGCUCGUCAUACAUUCAUAUGUAAAUACAAAGACUUUCAUUCGGAAAUCGGUUCAGAAAUUUUUACCGAUCGA